AUGGCCAUCUCAUCUGAAUCAUUCUGCCCUACGGCUCACCGCCGUAUGCUUGAUCUCAUUCGAAAAAGGGCAUACAACAACUCAACGCCUACAGGACAAGACGGACUUGUCCCGUCAUUCGGCAACCUCCCUCCCGAUCUCCUUAUACAAAUAUGGGGGAUGGUCAUUGGAUCCCACAGGGUCAUACAGUUGACGACUCAUAUACACGGCGAGGUAAUAGUUAACUCGGCUCUCGUCCAGUCGACGGCUGCAGCUCGGACUGCCGUCUCUGUCAGCCGAGGAUUUCGAAACUUGAUCCUGAAGCAUCUCCUGCCCAAUACGAUCACCAUAUGGGGCCACAGCCCACACCCGGAUGGUAUCUACCACCCGCUCAGUGUCGUGAGAUACAAGGCCGCCAGAGACAUCCUCUAUAUCUCUUGGCCAGGCACUACCCUGCUCGACUGGACUCUUCUGCAACCCUUGGCAAGAAUGUGUCCUGAUGCGUACGAGAUGGUGACGACCAAUGCCAGAUGGGCGCGAGAUGUUCAAAAGUUGGCCGUCGGUUCGAGUCCACGUCGCAUACAUGAGACUCAAAACGCCAUCCUUCGGCAGUUUAGUGGACUAAAGGAAUUGUACAGCGUCUGUCCGAUGAACGAAGCACCGGAUACAGACGCUGAGGACGCGGAAGAGGACAACCCAGAGGACGCCCCAUCUCAAGAGGUGUCACAAGAAGUACCGCAAGAGGCGACUCCGGAAUCAUUCAUGGACAUGGAAAGUACAGCUCCAACUCCCGAGCAUGAGCAUGACAACGACGCGUUCCUCCACAAUGGCAGGUACAAGGGGGUAUGUGAGGACGACAUAUAUCUCUCAGGGAAGGCCGCGCUUAAGUAUUUGGGGCCGAGACGAAGCAAGACGGCCGCCAUUCAACAAGCCGAAAGCUACAAUAAGGAUAGCGAGGAGCGGCGCCAGGCUGGAGGCGAGGCCGACAUGAAGCUGAGUAUUCUGCUACAUGUCAUUGAUGAUGUUAGAGAGGAGUGGGAUGAAGAGGAGGGGAAUGAAGAGGAGGAGGAGGAGGAUAAAGAGGAGGAUGAUGAUGAAGAGGAGGACGAUGAAGAGGAGGACGGUGAAGAGGAGGACGAUGAGAAGGACGAUAGUGAGGAGGAGGAUGAAGAGGAUGAAGAGGAUGAAGAGGAUGAAGAGGAUGAAGAGGAUGAAGAGGAUGAAGAGGAUGAAGAGGAUGAAGAGGGGGACGAUGAUGAGGAGGACGAUGAGGAGGAGGAGGGGAAUGAAGAGGGUGAAGAGGAGGAGGAGGAUGAAGUGGAUGAGUGGUAA